AUGCCCAAGGGAAAGAAGGUUAAAUUUGGCUUGAUGCAACGACCUCGUGUCAGGCAGGGAUGCGACAGAAUCUCCCUUUUUGAGCCCACAGGGAACUUUCUGAAGGGUUUCUUGGUUGUGGACACACUGGCUGGUUUCGACUCAACGGAGUUUACCCGGGAGGGAAACGUUCAGCGGGCGAGAUGGAAAGCCUCCAAUCAGAGUGGUUGA